AUGGACGACAAAAUAGGAUCAAUGAAUUUACCACAAGCAGUUGUUGGUCGACUUCUGAAAGAGGAAGAUAUUUCAGCUUCGAAAGUGAGUUGAAACUGUAGUUCAUAAAAGGUUGCUCAUUUUUAAGGACAAUUAAAAAAUUUCGUUCUCUGAAAAUCUGAAGUUUAGCUGUAAAAUUUCAACUUUUCCGUAGCUUUGAUUUAGCACUAAAGCCUUGUAAAAAGUGAAUUUUCUGGAAAAAAAAAGCAACCUGAGGAAUCCACGAGGCAAUUCCAAAUUAUUUGCGUUGAAAUCUGUGGCAAGUUAGAAAAUUAAAUUACAACUCAAAAAUCCACGUUGAAAUCCAAAAAUGGUUGUUUCCAAACUGAAAUUUUUACGUGACCGGAUGACGUGGCAAUUAGCAAUGCCAUUUUGAAAUGAAAAAAUGUCAUUUUCUAAAGAAUAUCCACGUGGCCAUUCUAAAAUUAUUGCCUAAUUGUAAAUUUACGAAAUUCUGGACAAAUUUUAAGUGACCUGAUGACGUGGCUAUUUAGAAAUCAUUUCUUAAACUAAACAAUUUUCGAACCCAAGCUUUCCUAUUUUCCAGGAAUCUCGCGAGACAAUAAGCCGUGCUGCGGCCGUAUUUCUUAUCAAUUUAUCCGGAUUAGCAGUUCAAAAUGCGAAAGAGAACAAGCAUAAAACGAUUUCCGCUGACGACGUUUUAAAAGCAUUGCGAACUUUUGAUAAUAACACAAUUUAUUCACAGGUAUUAUAGUAUUUUUCAUAUUCAAAAAAAACUUUGUUAAAAUUGAAAUUUCAGUGUAAACAAGCUGUGGAUGAGUGGAAAAUUAUCAAGCAACAAAAAUCAUUAGCAAAGUCAUCUGAAUCUCAAGAAACACAAGUAUCUCAAAUUUUUGAAGGUCAGUUUUAUAAAUUUUGUGACAAUUUAAAAACUUUUUAUUUUUCAGAAACAAUGGAAUAA